GUGAUGGAGAGAGGGUGUGGUGCUAGUCGCGGUGGUUCCUCCGUCAACAGUGAAGGUGUUAGUCCUAGAAAUGUUGGGAGCAGUUCAAGCGGUUUGGUGUUACCACCCAUGCUUUUACAGAACAGCUUAGCCUCGUCACCAAGCUCGUCGUCACACAGGAUGGUGGGUUACGCUGUGCCCUCCAUCAUCAUGAGUGUCAGCAAUCCUUUAUAUGCAAACAACUCAGCCAUGUUUACAACCGCGGCUUCGUCGUCUAGUUACUUUGGGACCUCGUCCCGGUUACCUCCGGCGGAUGGGGCGGCAGGUUUUCGUUUCCAACCCCCCACGGGUAAACACAGCGGUUGUGUGAACCCGUUCCACGUUCCAUCUCAACCGGUUAACCCUUGCCAGAGGUCGGGCCAUUUCCAUAGCGGCGGAAACGGCGGUUUUAGCGGAAAUUCAUCAGGGUCAUCCACCUCUAACAUCACCGGAAGCUCUUCCACUUCAAUGGCGGGUGGAGGUGGCGGAGGCGCGACGUCGAGUACGUUCUACCGACGUACAAGCCCGUCUUCUACUUCUUGUUCUACGUCUUUCCUGAACUCUAGCAGCGACUCCCGACGUGUAACGUCCGACAACGUCUGCUCUAGAACGUCAUCACACGGGCCGUUUUACCCUGACGGGUCAUCGCGAACGUUCUACCCUGAGGAAAAAGACGUACGGCGACGGGUAGACUCGCUGCUGGACAUUUGUGCACGGGUCGUGGCGGAACGUUUCUCCUUCCAGAGCAUCGAGGACCGUUGCCCACGGGUCCCCGAGCCCGUCCAGCGACGUCUGGUGUACUGGAGCUUCCCACGGGACGAGGCGAACAUUAAAAUGUACUCCUGCUUCUCGGAGGGGGCGGGGGAGGGGGGGCAGCACUCCCCCUACCACCGGGGCGUGAGGCUCCUGGAGGCGGGGGCCGUGCACGACGUUCUGCAAGUCGGCUUCCACUUGUCAGGCACUGUGCUCUGCAACAGAACUAACAGCACCGACAACAACAGCAACAAUAACAACAACAGCGCUUCCACUUGUCAGGCACUCACCACCAAUAACAGCAGCAACAACAACAACAGCCAACCCGAUCGCUGCAGGGUCUCCAUCGCCUUCGACAGGUGCAGGAUCACGUCUGUCACGUGCACGUGUGGUACACGUGACAUCUUCUGGUGCUGCCACGUGGUCGCCCUCGCGCUACACCGCAUCCGCUACAGCACCCACGUGCAGCUACGUAUACCCAUCUCAGAGACACUGCUGCAGAUGGACAGGUGUCAGCUGCAGAAGCUGGUGCAGUACCUGGUGGCUGAGCACCACACUGCAGUGCUGCACACUGCACAGCAACUGGCAGACCAGAUACUGCAGCCAUCACAUCCCAUUAACUGCAUACAGGGAGCCCCCGACCCCACCGCGGGCAGCGGCGCUGACGAGGAGCUGACGUGGCACCUGGACGGCGAGCAGGUGAAGCUGACGGUGCAGCAGCACCUCACCGCCCCCCUCACCGCCCCCUACACCGCCCCCACCCGCGCCCUCCACGGGCUCUUCUCCAAGGUGGCGGGCCUGUGGGUGAGCGUGUGCCUGGGGCCCCACAGCAGCGGGGCGCAGCGGGGGGCGUGGCGGGCCAAGCUCACCCAGUGGGCCAGCACGGCGCUGUGCCCACCUGAGGACCCCGACGGCGGGGGCCCGGCCCGGGCGCGGGCCAGCGGCGGGGGUUCGUCGGACGACGACUCCAGCGGGGACGACGCACCCCGCCCCCCACGCAGGGGGGACCGCCGCGACCGCCGCUCCAGCAGGAGGCACAAGAGGCGGCGGGUCAGCGCUGGGGCCCCGCGCUCCAUCUUCCAGUGGGCCAUCGACGCGUCCCAGCUCACCUGGGACAGUCCCCACCUCAGGGCCAUCCUCAACGGGACCAGCGGGCCUCAGGCCCCUCCUGUGGCCCGGUCUCAGCCCUUCACUGGGCCCUCAUCUAGAGACCCUAGGGGCCCUGGGCCCAGCUCCUGUACCUCUUGUACUGGGCCCUCGUCUAGAGACCCUAGGGGCCCAGGGCCCAGCUCUUGUACUGGGCCCAGUUGUGGGCUCGAGCUGUGCAGUCACCCGUAUUCUACAGAGGGGCCCAGUAUAAACAAUGGGCCCAGAUGUUCCCACUGGGGCCCAGACCUCCCCAACUCGGGGGGGUUCGGAGGGGACCGCCUUUCCCCCUCAUCCCUCCCCCCGGGGGACUCGCCUCCCCCGUGCAGGUCCCCCAAGUCCAGCCCCAGACCCCCCAAGUCCUCCCACAAGGGCAAGGGGAAGAAGACCUCCUCCCAUCCCAGCGGGGGUGUGGGGGACGCGGCCCCCAGUGGGGGCGAGAUGCCCCCCGCGCUCCCCACCUUCCCCCUACGGGAGGAAUUAUUCAACGAGCAGCAGCAGCCGCUGUGGACAGAGGGUCUGGCGCUGGGUGGGGCCCGCGUGGAGGCCCUGCGGGCCCACGGCUUCUGGGACGCGGCGCUGCGCCUGGCGGUGGCUGUGGCCCGGGCCCUGCUUCACACGCAGGCCCAGGCCCACCGCUGGUGGCGGGACAACAGGGACCAGUACCUGCCCAGGUGUUCAGGUACGCUGUGGUACAGGUGGCAGGGGGGAGGGGAGGGAGGGGGGUGCGUGGGGCACCCCCUGGACCCCAUCACGUGCGUCUUCGACUGCCUGGCGGAGGCGUCGCUGGUGCCCGAGGACCUGCCCCGCUACCACCAGCUGGCUGACUGGCAGGGGUCCGAGGCCCCGGGCCCACGCAGGGGCCUGCGCUACCGCCACGUGCGCGUGCCCGACGCGGCGGACUCGGCCGAGUCCUACCUGAGCCUCGCGCUGGAGGCGGGCCUCGUAGGCCUAGGCCAGCACCGCCUCAUGCCUCUUGGCCUCUACGCCCAGGAGAAGUGCCUCAAGCAGGCCGAGCGCCUCUUGCUGCGCCUCCAGGACCUCACCAUGGACCCGCAGCUGCUGCAGGUCGUCAAGAGGCAGGCGACCCUGCAGCUGGAGGGGGGUCCGUUCUCGGGGUUGGGGGAGGGGGUUCACCCCGAAUGCGUACCCCUGCACCCGCUGGCCAAGUACCUCUUCCAGCACCUCCUGCCGCACCACACGGACCUCGCGUACCACCUCGCCCUCAGGGCCCUCAGGAUGCCGAUCCUGGAAGAUCAGGACCAGGCCGACCUCCUGGCGGCGGCUGGCGGGGACAGACCCGACAACGGCGGCGGCGGCGGCAACCCGCAGGGGGCGGGGCCUGGGGGAGGGGCGUGGCAGGGGGGCGCGGGGGGCGGGCGGUGGCUGACGCUGCCGCAGCUGGAGACGCAGCAGGGCGACCUGGCGUGCGCCCUCAUCGCCGCCGCCGCCAACGACGUGGUGCGCCUGCGCGUGGCGCUGGACGCGUGCCUGCGCUCGGUGCACGACGUGGUGCGCCUGCGCGUGGCGCUGGACGCGUGCCUGCGCUCGGUGCACGGCGCGACGCAGCUCUUCAAGCUCGCGCAGGACGCCUUCAGCAUCGCCGCGCCCCACGCGCCCACGCGCAACGCCCUCCUCCUGAACGCGGCGCUGGAGCUGGGGCUGCAGGUGUUACGCAUAACGCUGACGUGCGUGACGUGGCGGCGACGUGACAUGGUGCGGUGGCUGGUGACGUGCGCGACGGAGGUGGGGGUGGGGGCCCUCAUGUCCAUAAUGGGGGGCUGGUACUCCCUCAUGACGCCCCCCGAGGCGGUGGGGGGGCUGGCGACCCCCGUCAUGGCGCACGCCACCGUCAUGAGGCUGGCGCUGGACAGACAGCAGCAGGACGAGCUCGCCGGCGUGGCCCGCACCCUCGCCCUACAGUGCGCCGCCAAGGACCCCCCGAGCUGCGCCCUCAGCGCCCUCACCCUCUGCGAGGGCGACCCCGCCACCUUCGAGGCGGCGUACCAGGUGGUUGUGGAGGCCGCCGCCACCGCCAUGACCAGCAGCCAGCUCUUUUCUAUAGCCAGGUACAUGGAGCACCGCCAUCACCCCCACCGGGCCUACACCCUGGCGCUGCUGGCGAUGCAGAGCGUCCACAUCUCCUACACGCAGGACACGCAUCCUGCCAUCCCCGACAUCCACUGGGCCGUGUCCCUAGCUCACUCGCUGGGACGGUCCCAGCUGUCCCAGCUCCUCCCAGUCUUCGUAAAGAACGUCCAAUGUGCGACGGUCCUUAGCGACGUACUCAGACGUUGCAGUCUAACGCCUCCUGGGACCAACGCCACAAACGCUACCACCCCUUCUUCUUCUUCUUCGACCUCAACACCAGCAACCCCUUUGAACGUCAUGCAAGUGGUACCACCACCACCGCCACCGCCACCCGCCGUAAUCCACGUGGAUAACAAACGUCGGAAAUCUUUAUCCCUUGAUAAACCGCCACUUCGGGGGCUGUUAGACGCCACCAUCUUGUCCUACAUCAACACCACAAACUCCCGACUCACCCACAUCUCCCCCCGCCAUUACCAGGACUUCAUCGACUUCCUGACGAAGGCGCACGAGACGUUCCUGCUCGCUCCUGACGGGCACCUGCAGUUCGCGCAGCUCGUCGAGAACAUGAAAGUUGCGUACAAGGGCAAGAAGAAGCUCAUGUCCCUCGUCAGGGAGAGGUUCGGCUGAAACAGGCUCAGAACCAGGCUCAGGGUUUACUUUUAGGGUUAUA